UCUAUGACUUGGGUGGCUGGAGUCUUUGACAAUGUUUAGGGACUUCCUCUAAAACUGCCUGGUAUAGAGGUGCUGGAUGGCAGGGAGCUGUACGCCCUUCCCUCCAUACCUAAAUCUGCAUUGUGUAUUUAUGCACCGACUGUGAACUAGGUCGUUUUUAUGAUAUAUUGUUUAUCACGCCUGUCUAUUUCAUACCCUGUCAGUUGUUUUAUACUCUACUGAUAUGUCAUGAUCAGGGCCUGCUCCAGGGUAGCACAUAGAAUGCAUUGAUGUAAAAGAUGAGGCCCUGGACAAGACGUUCCGUUUCCCAUGAGACCGCUCUUUGGCCAAGAAUGAGGACGACGGUCAGAUCACGAGGGAGUUGGCCUGCGCCAACAACGGCAUCCUAGACCUCAACGAGAAGACCUGUAAGAUCAGUUGCACACAAGCCUGAGUUCUCUUUAGUAGGGCCAAGCAUUUCUCCUGGUAAGGCUAUGCAGUCAGGAAGAAUUCCUGGCUCUUGUAUUUCCAGUGUUCCAAUCAGAUCAUGAUGAAAUUACUAUAGUGUACUGUAAUCUACUUUGAAUCCUAUCCUAUUGCAAUCCUGUCCUCACAUAACCCCAGUUUCACAUUUUUGUCUUAGCCUUCUAAGCCCUUGAUUAGUUGAAUCAGGUCUGCAACAAAAAUGUCCAACAUUGGGGUUAUGCAAGGGCUGGACACUGACUCUACUAAUGACCUAAUGGACUGUUCAAGAGAAUUCGGUCCCCCCAGGGCCAAGCUAACGCAUUUUGUCUGUACUUUUGUUUGAAAGAAUAUGAAAUUAUUACCACCACGGUGGACACAGAGGACGCAGAGACCAUCUGGAUCGCACUGGAGGGGAAGAAGGGGCAAUCAAAAUAAAUUGUGAUGGAGAACUCAAAGAAAAAUAGGUUAUUGCGGUACGCUGCUCUUGGGCUUGUGUUUAUGUAAAGAAUAAGCAGAAAUAAUUGGGUUGGAGGGUUUUCUCUUUUUUUACUGUUAUGCCAGCCAGGAUUAGAAUGAUCUCACUUGGCAAUAAGAGCUCUUUUACAGACUGAUGAGUCAGGCCUCUCAACAGUAUACUCUGCUCUUAUGGAAUUCAAUCACUAGUAGUAAUAAACUCGAUCGCCAGGCAUGAAAAGAGCUCAUAAAAUCUAAUCCACACCUAUUUGUUUCAGAUCAAAUCUUUGCAAAACGUAUUUAAUGAAGCUUGUAAUAUUCUUUACUGCUUUUCGCGCAAUGGGUCUUAUUUUCAUUCAGAGGAAGUUCUCCAAACAGCUGGGUGACAUUGCUGGCAUCUGCCUGGGCUACACUGCCAAGGAUGGGAAGGAGGUGAAAGGAGAGGCAUUCUGGCAUGUGGAGGAGGUCGUCGUCAUAGAGAAAGAGCUAAACAACAGGAUCCUAUUAAUCUGCAACGCCCUGAUCCCGCUCUACCUGAAGAGGGACAAGUUUGUGACCAAGACCAUCGAGAGCUUCGCAAGCAAGGCCCGGAGACUGGUAACCAUCAAGUACAAUAUUAUCACGAGCAACGAGAAGGGGGUGGGCACCGAUGCCAACGUCUUCAUUAGCAUCUAUGGUUCCAACUGCUGCGGCAGAAGUCCCGCGACCUGUUUGAGCGUGGCCAGACGGACCGCUUCCUGCUGGAGUUGCUGGACUCAGUCCCGGCCAACGACAUCACCAUCUUCCUGUGUGGGAAGUGGCUGGACACCAAGAAAGUGGACUGCCAGAUCUUCAGGGUCCUCUACCCAAAGUACUAAAGACCUUAUAUUGAGAGUUCUCCACUAUAUCAAGCACUUACUAUAAGCUUCGGGGCUCAAUUGCACAGCCGUGCAGGAAAGGCCUCACAGUAUGUUGGACCAUUUCCAAGCAUCUUCGUGAUGGAGAGAUGCAAACUAAGUGGAGUUUGGAUGUGAGCAGCCAUUUCAUUUUCCCAUGGACAUGGCCCAUGGCCUGGACUUGAUGGCUAAAACACAAAAGGGUCAAAAGUUCAGGUAACAUGAUCGUGCCACCAUUUUUAAGUACCUAUUAGGGAUGACAUGUUGCAAAGGAGGUUUUAUGAGGUUUUAUAAGUGUAUACAGUUUUGUACUGCUUAUUCAAAACACUUGUUUCUGAAAACAUAUUUUUUAAAUGCUUUAUCAGAUGUGUUCAGCUCCAGGCGAGAUUGAUUACUUUAAAGGGAGCCUCGGAAAACAAAUCAAAACAUGAUUGUCAGCAUCAUCAGGAUGGAGAUCAUGUCUCAUUCUCAAUGAAAGUAUUUUUUGAAAAACAUUUAGAGUCAUGGCUAGCUGGCCUUCUAGGGACACAAGUUAGCCUCCACUCACGCACACCCAUAAUACACCUUCCAUUUUAUCCAAUUUAUUACAAAAAGAGCACAUACAAAAAGGAUAAUAUACAAGCCUUGAAAUAAAAUUGAAAAAAAAGAGAACAGUUUGGGUUUAGCGAUGCAACUUUUAAAAUCAUUAUUAGUAGUAAUAAAUAAAGUACAAAAUUCCACCAAAUGUGAAUCUAACAUUUUACACAAUACGCUCAUCCAGUUCUUCAUCAACACACUCAUCAUUAAUGAGCUAUUGCUUUAAUAUUAAUGAUAAAUAGUUCUACUCUCCGAUAAAAUAUCCUAUAUUGAAAAACAUUGCGCAGUCACAGCUAAAACAGCAGAUAUCUCAUACAAAGGUGGCGGUUGCCCUUUCACUGGCACUUUUUGGGAUAUUUUCUCUUUCCUUCAGUUUUUGUUUGUCAGAUGCAAGCAGCAGCAAAAUGAAUUAUUUGUAUUAUUCUUAGUGUAAUCUGCAAAUAUUUUCACCAUAUACUUAUAUAUCAUCGAGAAUAUAUAUAUAUAUAUCCAAACCUGAGAAAUACAUGCAUUUUUAGUUAGUUUGUGCUUUAAGAGAUCCUCUGUUCUUGUUUUCCCUUGAGAGAGGAUUGUGAAGGGAAACAUUGGAUGGGUUCUGAGUGACGGAAGGGAUGGACGGUCAUGAAAAAAUAAAGGGAAAGUGAAAGAUGGGAAUAAUUAGUGUAGCGUCGAUGAACACAGUGAAACGUGCCUCUUUGUAGAAAGGUUUUGGUCAAAUAUUUCAUACAUUUUUUAUAAAACAAAGUUAUUUUAAAGGAAUGGUCUGAUUAGGUACGAUUUAGAGUUGAACCAGUUGUUCUCCUUUUUUUAGUUAUGUCCAAAUACUCCUAAAUAGCUGCUUUCAUUUCUCUCAUAAGGUAAUCACAGAUAUAUUUGGUUAGUGAAAGCAUUAAUAUGCCAACCACACCACCGGAUGAUCCCACACUUCACUUAUGGGGGCUGACAUAUUUAUUUCACCUUGCAGGUUGGUCAGUGGUGACCUUAAAAAGAGAAAGGAGGGAAUAAGGGAGGAAAGACAACAUUAUACACUAUUUGGACAUGGAUUUUGGGUAAAUUAGUGCGGUUUAAAUCAUAAGGUAAUAUCUCUUGACACUAGAAGCGAGGCACUUGUUGGACUCAAAACGACAUGUUUUUCUGGAAAAGAGGUAAGGAGAAAUAUCCCAUGACAAAGACGAGAAGGAACAUGCUUCGUAACAGACAGAAUGGAUAGAAGGAUGAGACGCAGAGAGCUGGAAAUGACAGAGUAUAUAAUAAUGAUGAUAAUACAUCUAUGUUCGUAAACUGUUAUGCCAGUGAGAGGGUUCCCAUGUUAAAACUAAGAGUGCAAAAUGAGAAACAGGAAAACAAUUAAACUAAAAACCAUUUCA